AUGAACACGACCGCGCAAGGCACAGCUACGUCCGACCACCCGACCGCGACCGCGUCGGAGAGGGUUCCGGGCAGGAAGGGCCCCAAGAAGCGCGUCCGGAACUUUACCGCCGACGACCGAGCUGCUCACCGGAUCUUCGAGAGAGGUCGUCGCGAGGCCUUCAAGGUGCAAUUGAUUGAGUUGGCGGCGAACCUCCCCGCCCUCGCGGAUACUGAUCCCCAACGCCUCUCGAAACACGUCGUCGUGACGGAGAGCCUGGCGCGCCUCAGGCUUCUCGAGAACCGAUGCAUCGACGCGCUGCGGGGCGUGGAGUCCCUGAUGCAAGAGCGCGAUGAGCUGCUGGCCGAGGUCAACAAUUGGAGGAGGGCCAGGGGCGGCGGCAGCUUGCGGCAGCCGAGGCGCGUCGUCGCCAACGUCGACGGGCUCGUCGAGACGGAGAAGGACACGCAGCGGCGUGCGGCCGCGGCGCAGCUCGCGCAGACGACGAGGAAGAGCUCUGAACAGUCCGGAGGUCCCUCUGACGAGCAGGGUCACUCGGGGGUGGCGAGUAAUGAGCUGUCGGAGGAAGCAUCGCACGUUCCGCGAGUUCUCCCGUCGGAGCCGACGCAGGAUGCACGUACCGUCUCGGAGAUGGACAGUCUUCUGCUCGACACGUCCUGGCCGCAAGUUACGCAAUCUCAGCCCGGUGACUAUUCUGGAGAGACGGCGUCCAUGGCGGGCUUGGCGGUCAUGUCCGACCAGGCCGCGGCGAUGCAAGCCAAUGAGCUAUCCGAUAACUUGCCUGUCUCGACCUCAAACAUGAACGACUAUCAGCUCUCGUACCAAGACAUGGAUUCGAUGGAUUUCACAGGAACGGAGACGUCUUCAUUCGGCACGUCCGACUUGCCCACUUCGGCCAGCUAUCUCGGUUCAUCGGGUAUGAAUCAGGGCAUGCAGUUCCAGCAGCAACAGCAAUGGGUUUCGUGGCCAGGAUGA